CUUUAUCUCGUCUCAAAUCAAAGAGAGCAAAAUGGACAUUGAAUCUUCUACAACCCAUUCACCACAUGUUCAUCAAGAAUCUACAAACCCAGCCCCGGACAUGAAGCAUAGAGGAGGAUGGAGAGCAAUCAAGUACAUUAUCGCAAACGAGUCUUUCGAGAAGCUGGCGUCGAUGAGCUUGAUAGGGAAUCUAUCGGUGUAUCUCACCACAAAAUACAAUCUUGGUGGUGUUUUCUUGGUGAACAUCAUCAACAUCUGGUCUGGUUCUUGCAACUUUCUUAGUAUCCCAGGUGCUUUUGUCUCUGAUGCUUACCUCGGAAGAUUCUGGACACUUCUCCUCGGUUCCAUCUCCUCUUUCCUCGGAAUGGGAAUAAUUGCUCUAACCGCGGCUCUCCCGCGUUUAAGACCCGAGGCUUGCAAAGAUCCAACAAAUUGUUCAAACCCGCCCGAGCGUUGGCAGCUUGCGGUUCUCUUUGCUGGUCUAGGUUUACUAGCCAUAGGAUCAGGAGGAAUCAGACCAUGCAACAUCGCAUUUGGAGCAGAUCAAUUCGAUACAGACACUAAAAAGGGCAAAUCUCAGCUUGAAACGUUCUUUAACUGGUGGUACUUCUCCUUCACCGUGGCUCUUGUCAUUGCACUGACAGGUGUCGUCUAUAUACAGACGAACAUCAGUUGGGUCAUUGGUUUCGUGAUCCCCACGGCUUGUCUUGCACUCUCAGUCACCACCUUCCUCAUUGGUAAGCACACUUACAUCUGUGCGGAGCCUAAGGGAAGUGUGUUCGCAGACAUUGUUAAGGUUGUUGCCGCGGCUUGUAAGAAACGUAAGGUGAAAUCUGGAGAAGGUGUAACAUUCUACUUAGGCCCUUCUAGUGAUGGAUCCUCAGCCACUUUGGUCCAAGACAGACAAAGGUUAAGGUUUGUUGAGAAAGCAGCGGUAAUAACUGAUCCAAACGAGUUAAACGAAGAAGGUAAGGCCAAGAACAACUGGAGAUUAUGCAGUGUGGAGCAAGUAAAGAACCUCAAGUGCGUGACCGGAAUUUUACCAGUUUGGGUCACAGGAAUCGCGUGUUUCAUGCUAACUGACCAACAGAACAUAUACGGUAUCCUUCAAGCGAUUCAGAUGGAGAAAACGUUCGGACAUAACUUCCAGGUCCCAGCAGGAUGGAUGAAUCUUGUCUCCAUGAUCACUCUUGCCGUCUGGAUCUCACUAUACGAGUGUGUCAUUUUACCAAUAGCGAGGCAAAUCACAGGACGCAAACAAAGGCUAAAUAUGAAACAAAGGAUUCAGAUAGGUAUCGUGAUGGGGAUCGCUUGUAUGCUCGUGGCAGGUUUCUUGGAGAAGGCUCGAAGAGAAGCCGCUCUAAAGAAGGGCUCUUUUGUUUCUCCUGUUUCGAUUGUAAUGUUGCUUCCUCAGUUCAUGCUUGCGGGUCUAACCGAGGCGUUUUCGGCCGUGGCUUUGAUGGAGUUUCUGACGGUUAAGAUGCCUGAGCAUAUGAGAGCUGUCGCGGGAGCUAUCUUCUUUUUGAGCUCGUCGAUUGCGAGCUAUAUAUGCACACUUCUUAUUAAUGUUAUUGAUAGCGUGACACGCAAGGAAGGGCGUUCGUGGUUAGGAGAUAAAGACUUGAACAAGAACAGGCUUGAGUACUAUUUUUUCAUAAUAGGCGGCGUUCAAGUCUUGAAUCUGCUUUAUUUUAGGUUUUUUGCUUCCAGGUUUGUCACUGAGAACAACAAGGACAACAGAGAUUUUUAGUUAAGUGGUUGAUCACUAAUCAUCUUUUGUUUUACUGGUUAGAGGUUGCGUUUUUUUUUUUUUGCUUAAUUCAUUUCUUGUGUACUGAGGCUUUUUCCAUAGACAUUGUGUGUAAGGAUUAUAGUUUUCAGAUUCUACUGGAGUUGUUUA